AUUUUGUUUUUGUUUUUAUUUUUUUGUUCAGAAAGAGCCGUAGAGACUCAGCGACCCUACAGCCGCACCCCCACCUCGUCCCUUUCUCUGCAUUCAUACUUCUCAAGAAGUUCAGAUUCAUACCAUUUUGAGAAAAAAAUUUCCCAGUUUCUUCUUGGUGCAAUUUUUCUGCUCCGUAUCGGAUCCACCAAACCCACUUCACUUUGACACUGUUUAUGUCUGUGGGAUUGAGCUCCCGUCGUGUCACCCGCAAGAUCUGGUUCGAAUUGCGCGCUUUUUGUGCUGUAUUUACCUGGUAUUGUUGUGAGGGCUGGUGGGCACGUUCAUGCAGAACAGGAUGGUAGAAUGCAGUGUUUGCCACUCAAAAUUGUUGUCCCCAACUUCCAAAACUGUGUCGAGGGCAUAUGACCGGCAUAAAAGUGAUGUUUCCUCAAAAACCAGGGUCCUGAACAUCCUUUUGGUUGUCGGAGACUGUAUCUUGGUUGGUCUACAGCCUAUAUUGGUUUAUAUGUCUAAGGUGGAUGGGAAAUUCAUGUUUAGUCCUGUCAGUGUUAACUUUUUGACAGAGGCAGCAAAACUUAUUUUUGCUAUUGUUAUGCUCUUGAUCCAGGGUCGGCAUAAAAAAGUUGGUGAGAAAUCUCUUCUCUCUCUUUCUACAUUUGUACAGGCAGCUCGAAACAAUGUGCUUCUCGCUGUUCCCGCUUUCCUUUAUGCUAUUAACAAUUAUUUAAAGUUCAUUAUGCAGCUUUAUUUUAAUCCCGCGACGGUUAAGAUGCUGAGCAAUUUGAAGGUUUUGGUUAUUGCUAUUUUGCUAAGAAUAAUAAUGAGAAGGCGUUUUUCCAUUAUUCAGUGGGAGGCUCUUGCUUUGUUGCUCAUUGGAAUUAGUGUCAACCAGCUGAAAUCUCUACCUGAGGGUACCACUGCUCUAGGUCUUCCAAUUGCUACAGGCGCAUAUUUAUACACACUGAUUUUUGUCACUGUUCCAUCACUGGCAUCAGUGUACAAUGAAUAUGCUUUGAAGAGUCAAUUUGAGACAAGCAUUUACCUUCAGAACUUGUUUCUAUAUGGUUAUGGUGCCAUAUUCAACUUUCUAGCUAUUGUUGGAAUCGCCAUUUUCAAAGGUCCCAGUAGCUUGGAUAUACUGCAAGGACAUUCCAAGGCUACUAUGCUUUUAAUUUGCAACAAUGCAGCCCAAGGGAUUUUAUCAUCAUUUUUCUUCAAAUAUGCAGAUACAAUUUUGAAGAAAUAUUCAUCAACUGUUGCCACAAUCUUCACAGGGAUAGCAUCUGCUGCGAUGUUUGGUCAUACUCUGACCAUAAACUUUAUCUUAGGAAUCUCUAUUGUUUUCAUCUCUAUGCAUCAGUUCUUUUCACCACUUUCGAAGAUUAAGGAUGAACCACAGAAUGGUAACUUGGAAAUGAUGGACAAUGAGAACAACCGAAGGUCAAAGGAUACAUCAUUUGUAAAUAUGGCAGCUGGCGCAAAUGAGGAUACAAGCCAUCGUGUUGGACAUGAUGAGAAAGCACCGCUUCUUCCCCUCUAAGGAAUCCUGGCGUAUACAUUCUUUUGGCUGGCUUCAUCAGACGGACGGUUCAAGAAGAUAAAACCGGUUCUCAGUAGAAUAAAAUUUCUAUAUGAAGAGAAUCCACAACAUGUUUUGGCAGCUCCCUUUCUUUGUGCUUCAUGGGAUCCACCAGUCACCUCUUUGAAGCCUCUGGUAGCUUUUAUUCAAAGUAUAGAGGCCUUUGAGCAAGUCAAGAUCAACCAUAGAUGAAAGCUAUAAUCAUAUACUGAAUGGCAGAAAUUUUUGUAUUCAUCCUCUUUCUCCUGGUAUAGAAAAUAAUAUAUUCCUUCUCUCAUACAUAUUCACAUGCGUUUUUCUAUUUAUUUCUUCUUGAACUAGGAGGACUACUGUUGCCCUGUAUUGUAAGACUCUUGCAGAUCAUGUCAAGGAAACAGAUAUUUGUGUAAUUUUCCUUUGGAAUCCA